AUGAGUAAAAUGGAUGCUCCUUCUUUAACUGAUCAAGAAGUGAAUGACAUCUAUACAUGGGUUGAUGCUAUUCCACUCUCAAGACCAAAAAAAAAUAUAGGAAGAGAUUUUGCUGAUGGUGUAUUAAUGGCUGAAAUUGUACAUCAUUACUUUCCUAAAUUGGUUGAAUUGCAUAAUUAUUCAUAAGCAAAUUCUACAUAAACAAAAUAAUAUAAUUGGAACACUCUAAAUACCAAAGUAUUUAUACUUAUACUAACUAAAGGUGUUAAAAAAAUUAGGGUUCCAAUUAUCAUAAAAGGAUAUAGAUUCAAUAAUUCAAGUUGAAGAAAGAGCAAUUGAACGUGUUUUAAAAGUUAUUUAAGAAAAAAUCAAAUUCUGUAUGGAAAAUGAAUCUUAAGUAUCUGAAACAUAAAAAUCUCCAACUCAUAAUAAUUCAGAAAAUCUCUAAUAAUCUAUGACACAUGAAAAAGACUAAUUAAUUUAAGAAUAAAGAGAAACUAUUGGAAUACUUGAGCUUAAGAUAACAAAACUAGAAUAAUUAGUGAAAUUGAAGGAUAGUAAAAUACAGACAUUAAUGCAGAAGUUAUAACAACUUGGCUACAAAUUUUGA